AUGGGAUGGGUUCACAAUGCCUCUCCGCAGAUCGAUGCCCAAUCAAACUACCAAACCAUCCUGGGAGUAUGUUUCUCCCUGACGGCCUUGAUGGUCGUCGUGGUGAGUAUGCGUCUCUACCUUCGUCUCCACGCCCAAGGUCUGGCGGCCGAUGACUAUGUGAUGAUCGUCACAAUGGUCCAGAGAGCAUGGGAUCCCACCGUGGAGGGCACUUGCAUCCCUUCUGGCCCUAUGAACUACAUCUUAGUGGCGUGGACGAUCUUCUGUGACGUGGUGAUCAUCUUCCUCCCCAUCCCGUUGCUACUGAAGUUGAACGUCAAACCCGGGCAAAAGGCGGGUCUCCUGUGCCUGUUCCUGCUGGGCCUGUUCACUACCGUCUGCUCCAUCCUCCGACUCACGCAAGUUAGCGUAGUCGCGUAUGGGGAUGGGAAUUCGACCAUGCUCGUGCUCUGGGGUACGAUCGAGUUUAAUGUUGGAAAUAUUGUUACGUGCUUGCCAUUCCUCGCGCCUCUGCUCAAGGGGUAUUUCAGCGAUUUCCAGUCUCGAAGCGCUACCAAGAACAAGUACCGCACAGACUCGCAUUAUGUGCUCCAGUCGUACUCGCGAGAUGACCGACUCAAUGGCACCGUCGCCUCCAAUGUGUCGCACAUCGCCUCGUCGAAGCCGAAACGGACACCCAGUGAGGAACUGAUCCUGGAUGGCAGCGACUCAGAGAACGGGGCUAACGCCAACGGAGCCAUUAAAAUGACAGUUGAAUACCACGUCUCAGUGGAUAGAGAGGAGAACCGCUAG